UGAGACCUGCAGCUGCUUCUCCGGGUCCUGCGCUGCCCUCAAGAUUGUUGGUGUUGCUGAGCAGAGCGACCCACCACAGCUGAACGCCUGCAGCUUGCCCUCUGAAUCCUUCCGUGCCCAGGAUUAACAGCAGACACUCCCUUUCGUAGUAGUCAGAGUGGAAGAAUUCAUCAUCUUAGAACAUGGCAGGCAAGAAAGUGCUCAUUGUCUAUGCCCACCAAGAACCCAAGUCUUUAAAUGGGUCCUUGAAGAAAGUGGCAGUAGAGGAACUCAGCAAGCAGGGCUGCACCGUCACCAUCUCCGAUCUGUACGCCAUGGACUUCGAGCCACGGGCCACCAGGAAGGAUGUCAUCGGUGCCCUCUCUAAUCCUGAGUUUUUCAACUAUGGGGUGGAAGCAUAUGAAGCCUUUAAGAGGAGGUGUCUGGCCAGUGACAUAACUGACGAACAGAAAAAGGUUCAGGAAGCUGAUCUAGUGAUAUUUCAGUUCCCGCUGUACUGGUUCGGCAUGCCGGCUAUCCUGAAGGGCUGGAUGGACAGGGUCCUAUGCCAGGGCUUUGCCUUUGACAUCCCAGGAUUCUACGACGCUGGUUUUCUCAAGAAUAAAUUGGCCCUCCUCUCAUUAACCACGGGGAGCACAGCCGAGAUGUACACGAAAACCGGAGUCAGUGGAGAUUUCCGAUAUUUCCUGUGGCCCCUCCAGCACGGGGCAUUGCACUUCUGUGGAUUUAAAGUCCUCGCCCCGCAGAUCAGUUUUGCUCCCGAGAUUGCCUCAGGAGAAGAGAGGAAGGCGAUGGUGGCGUCCUGGGCCCAGCGGCUGAAAACCAUCUGGGAGGAAGAGCCCAUCGACUGCACGCCUCCUUGGUACUUCGGGCAGUGACGCUUCACGCCACAUCCACGUCUGCCCGCGCGUGCAGAGAGAAGAUGCUCCCAUAAUAAAACGAAGUU